AUGGCCCUGAAUGAUGAGGGAAAUGUUAGGAGACGCCUGAGUGAUUAUGCUAGGCCUGUUCUUCAAAGACCCGUUACUCGUAUUCAUGCACCCUUAGCUAGAAAUGCGAAUUUUAGGAUAGAUUCGCAUGUGAUGAGUAUGUUACCUAUCUUCCAUGGUAAACCUUCCGAGGAUCCUUAUAGACACUAUGUCAAGUAUGUGAGAUUAAUCAGAUUCAUAAUGUGUCGGCAGAUGUAAUGAAGAUGAAACUCUUUCCCGCCACCCUUAGAGAUAGAGCUAAGGAUUGGUUUCUUAAGUUAGGAAAGGAGUUCACUUCUUGGACCGAGAUGGAGGAGGAAUUUCUUAGGAAAUACUAUUCCGUAGGAAAGACCACCUCUGUUAGGAAGGCGAUGCGUGAGUUUACCCAAGGACCGAGUGAGACAUUUCACGAAGUUUGGGAGAGACUUAGAGACCUCACUAGAGAGUGCCCUCACCAUGGAGUGUCUAACCAUGAGCUUACAUAGAUAUUUUAUGAUGGGUUAGGCCCGCAAGAUAGAUAUCUUUUAGAUGCAGCUAGCGGCGGCACCUUCAUGAGCAAAUUUGAAGAUGAAGCAAUGGAAUUGAUUGAGACUGUGGCGGAAAAUAGCCACCACAACUCGGCAAAACCAUUCGGAAGUGGUGCAACGCCGAAAGGAGGAUUAAUCGACGCAAAGGCGGUAGAGACGGGCAUGCUCCUAGAGAAGAUCGACAAGAUGGCGGAGGUUCAGAAUCUUUUAUUAGAUCGGUUCCACAUCCGCAAUGGAUCUGAAGGACUUGCACCCGUCGCUCUACAAGAAGCGUCGCCAUGCGCCCAUUGCUCACGCCUCGACUACGUCGAGAUGGAUUGUCCGAUCAUGGCAAUUCAAGGGCAGGGCAUGUACAGACAAGGCCCACCAGGAGGGCAAAUUCAACAAGGACGACCGAACUAUCAAGGUACAUAUCCAAAUUAUUUUAAUAACCCUAUUUAUAAUCCUAUGCAGCAGCAGCAAGGAUUUAGCACCGGUCAGCAACAAAACUCGCAACAGCAACCCUACGCGAAUGCAAGACAGUCGACGUAUAUUCCACCACAGCAGUCGUACAACCAAGCUCCACGACCGACCACACCAUCUGCAGAUCCGAUUCUGGGUGCGCUCUCUCAAUUGAUGGAGCAAAUGAGCAGGAUGAACUCGCGUGUGGACGAGAUACAGGAUUUCGUCAAGACGAACAUCCCUACCUCGACUGACAACAAGAAGGGUAAGCAAGUUUCGUUUUCUGACCAAUUACCAUCGCAGGCCACUAUCAACCCGAGGAAUCAAGGGUCCUCAUCGAGUCAAACGCACAAUCUGAGUCAUGUGCAUGUUGACGAGGAGGAAGUGGAAGCUGCAUUAGCGAUAUCGAGCCUUAGGAGCGGCAAGGAUUUACCUGAUCCUUACAAGGAUCAUCCUUUACAUAAGAGCUCGAUAGAUGAUGAGACACCGACAGUCGUAGUAGAGCCAGACAGUAGUUUAGAUGAUGAGGAAGAACGGGUGCAAGUUGAGCUAAAUCCAGACACAUACAAACCACCCAUGCCAUAUCCUCAAGCAUUGAGUAAGCCUAAGGCUAAGGUUAGUGAAUCUGAUGAUCAUUUAUUAGAAACCUUCCAAAAGGUUACCAUUACCAUCCCUUUAGUAGAUGCAAUUAAGCAUAUACCUUCUUAUGCUAAAUUCCUUAAAGGCAUAUGCACACACCAUAGAAGCCCCAAGAGGAUCCAAUUGAGUGAGAAUAUUAGUUCCAUUAUGAUGAAUUCUCUUCCUAUUAAAAAGAGAGAUCCAGGAGCUCCCAUGAUUACGAGUGAGAUUGGAGGAAUGAUUUUUACUAGAUCGUUGUUAGAUACUAGAGCUAGUAUCAAUAUCCUCCCUAAAGUUGUAUAUGACCGUCAUCAUGUAGGGGAAUUGCAGCCUUUCCUUAUAGAGUUAUGUUUAGUGGAUGGAUCGGUAAGGAAGCCUCAUGGCAUAGUAGAAGAUGUGAUUGUUAGAAUAGAAGGAUGUUAUUUUUCGGUAGACUUCCUAGUUGUAGAUAUGAAGAUCACUAAGGAGCUUAGUCAAGCCCUAAUUAUCCUAGGAAGACCUUUCUUAGCUACCGCAAAAGCCGUUACAGAUUGGGGAAAAGGAGAAGUGAUUCUUAAGGUGGGAGAGUAUACGGUGAAGGUCAACAUCAACAAGUUGAUGAAGUAUCCUUCACAAGCUUUCGAAGAUUUGGGCGCCAUCGACCUAUUUGAUGAUCAAGACAUAGAGACUUGCAUCGAAGAAGUCAUGACGGUCAACGAGGGAGCUGAUUUCGAAGAGCUACCGUUGGACGAUCCGACAGGGGAGCUCAAGCCUCUUCCAUCUACACUCAAGUACGCUUUCCUUGACUCUCAGCAGGUUAAACCAGUGAUCAUUUCUUCCCAGCUCAAUGAGGAGCAAGAGAAAUGAUUACUCGACGUAUUACGAUGGAAUGAGCAAGCAAUCGGAUGGACUCUAGCAGAUUUGAGGAGAUUAGACCCUUCAUUAUGCACUCAUUGCAUAUUCUUGGAGGACGAGUCCAGACCCGUGAGGGAAGCCCAACGCCGACUUAAUCCUAAGGUAUGGGAAGCCGUUAAGGAAGAGAUUCUUAAGUGGCUUAAUGCAGAGAUUAUCUAUCCCAUAUUGGAUAGCCAGUGGGUUAGUCCCGUGCACGUGGUUCCCAAGAAGGCAGGAGUUACGGUGACCGUGAACGACAAAGGAGAAGAGAUUCAAACAUGCCUCCCAACGAAGUGGCGAGUUUGUAUCGACUACCGGAAGUUGAAUGCAGCGACGAAGAAAGAUCACUUCCCGUUGCCAUUCAUCGAUCAAAUCCUUGAUCGACUAGCAGGUCAGACUUACUUUUGUUUCUUGGAUGGUUAUUCAGGGUACAACCAGAUUGCGAUUCAUCCGGACGAUCAAGAAAAGACGACGUUCACAUGUCCCUUUGGCACGUUCGUAUUUAGGCGAAUGCCAUUCGGAUUGUGUAACACCCCUGCGACAUUCCAGAGAUGUAUGACGGCGAUAUUUUCCGAUUUCCUUGGCGACAGUCUCGAAGUCUUCAUGGACGAUUUCUCUGUCUUUGGAGAUGAUUUCGACAACUGUCUAACUCACCUGACAAAGAUCCUCGAGGUCUGCGUCAGAAAACGACUGGUAUUGAGUUGGGAGAAAUCCCAUUUUAUGGUGCGAGAGGGAGUAGUGCUCGGGCAUCUCGUCUCGGGCAAAGGUUUGGAGGUUGAUAAGGCCAAGAUUGAGGUCAUUCAAAACCUUCCUCUCCCCACUACAUUACGAGAUUUACGUAGUUUUUUAGGACACGUUGGUUUCUACCGCAGGUUUAUACGAGAUUUUGCUAAAGUUUCCAAACCGCUAACAACUCUUCUUUGCAAGGAUAAAGACUUUUUUAUAGAUAAAGAAGGGGAGCGCGCAUUCGAGAUGUUGAAGCUCGCCUUGAUCGAAGCACCAAUUCUUCAAAAUCCUAAUUGGGACUUGCCUUUCGAGAUCAUGUGCGACGCCUCAGACUAUGCAGUUGGAGCGGUGUUGGGACAACGGAUAGAUAAGAAGCUAACAACUAUAUGGUAUGCGAGUAAGACCCUUGCUGAAGCUCAAAUGAAUUACACGACGACAGAAAAGGAGCUCUUAGCGGUGGUCUACGUGUUAGAGAAGUUCAGGCCUUACAUCUUGGGAAGCAAGAUUUUUAUUUAUACAGAUCAUGCAGCGUUAAAGUACUUAUUUUCCAAGAAGGAGGCGAAGCCAUGAUUGAUACGAUGGGUGCUGCUUCUUCAAGAGUUUGACUUGGAGAUUAGAGAUAAGAAGGGCAGCGAAAACUCGGUGGCGGAUCACCUAUCUCGUCUUCACAUUUCAGGUACGGGAGAUAUUAGUGAUUUUUUUCCUGAUGAACAUCUUCUUGUAGUAUCUAGUCAUGCUCCUUGGUUCGCGCAUAUCGUCAAUUUUCUAGUGACAAGAUCGAUCCCAGAUCAUUGGAACCGACAUCGUAAAGAUAAGUUCUUCCAUGAACUCAAAUAUUAUUAUUGGGAAGAACCACUUUUGUUCCAUGUAGGAUACGAUCAAAUUAUACGGCGAUGCGUAGCGGAAGAAGAACAAGGAAGCAUAUUAUCGAUGUGUCACUCAUCAGCGUAUGGAGGACAUUUUGCCGCGCGAAAGACAGCAGAUAAGAUUUUACAAAGCGGUUUUUAUUGGCCCACCAUCUUCAAGGAUGCCCACCGUUUCUAUACAGAGUGCUUACAAUGCCAGGCAUCAUUAA